AUGGCUCCUCCCUCCGCCUCCUUCGCCGCGCCGCUGGCGCAGACGCCCGUCUCGGUCGAUGCGCUCAAGGCUCGCGCCGCCGGUGUCGGCGCCCAGUAUGCGCUGCCGCGUGCCCACGUCGCCAUCAAGGCCGGCGAGGAGCCCGUCGAGGACUUUGAGUCCGGCAACUACCGCUUCGCGCACAUCAAGGAGAGCCACACGAGCCGCGCCAUGACGGCGCGCUACUACGAGGGCAUGAUGAACGCCGCCGUGUCGGACGUCGUCAUCAUCGGCGCCGGCUCGGCGGGCCUGGCGUGCGCCUACGAGCUCGGCACGGCGCGCCCUGACCUGCGCAUCACCAUCCUCGAGGCCUCGGUGGCACCCGGUGGCGGCGCGUGGCUCGGCGGCCAGCUGAUGAGCGCCAUGGUCAUCCGCAAGCCGGCGCACCGCCUGCUUGAGAAGCUGCAGAUCCCCUUCGACGACGAGGGCACGUACGUCGUGGUCAAGCACGCCGCGCUCUUCACCAGCACGAUCCUCUCCGCCGUGCUGCGGCUGCCCAACGUGACGCUCUUCAACGCCACGUGUGCCGACCUGAUCAUCAAGGUCGACGAGCAGGGCGUGAAGCGCGUCAACGGCGUCGUCACCAACUACACGCUUGUGACGCUCGCACACGGCCUGCAGUCCUGCAUGGACCCGCAGACGAUCACCGCGCCCGUCGUGUGCUCCUUUGCCGGCCACGACGGCCCCUUCGGCGCGUUCGCCGUCAAGCGCCUCGAGAGCGCCGGCCUCGUCAAGCUGGGCGACAUGGCACCGAUGGACAUGAACGCAAGCGAGGAGCGCAUCGUCAACCACACACGCGAGGUCUUCCCGGGCAUGAUCUGCGGCGGCAUGGAGCUGUCGGAGCUCGACGGCCACCCGCGCAUGGGUGCCUCGUUCGGCGGCAUGCUGGCGUCGGGCGUGCGUGCGGCCAAGACGGCGAGUGCGCUGUACGAUGCGCUCGACACGUGCGACGGCGAGGUGCGCGGCCUGCGUGCCUGA